UGGGCAGGCGCGCGGCGCGUCUCCGUCAUCAACAAUAUACUGUCACCACUGUGAGCUUCGGACGAAGAUGAGGCUGCACCGUCGCCAGCUCCACGCACAAUGGUCCGCAUCACGACGUGGAAUGUCAAUGGCAUCCGCAACCCGUUUGGCUACGAGCCAUGGCGCAAGAACCGCACCUUCAGCGCCAUGUUCGACAUCCUCGAGACGGAUAUCGUGAUCAUGCAGGAACUGAAGAUUCAGCGUAAGGACCUGACUGAUGAUAUGGUUCUGGUGCCUGGCUGGGACUGUUACUUCAGCCUGCCCAAGCACAAGAAAGGAUACUCUGGUGUUGGCAUCUACACCCGCCAAUCCGUAUGUGCACCAAUUCGCGCCGAGGAAGGCAUACUUGGAGUUCUCUGUCCGCCUGGCUCGUCAACACCGUACCGCGAACGACCUGAGUCUGAAAGCAUUGGAGGCUAUCCGCCACUGGCACGCAUUGAGGCACUGGGAGUCGAUCCAGCUGCGCUCGAUGCCGAAGGUCGAUGUCUCGUCCUCGAGUUCCCUGCAUUCGUGCUGUUUGGCGUCUAUAGCCCUGCCAACAGCAAUGGCCUGCGUGACAAUUUCCGCUACGGCUUCCUCGAUAUGCUCGAUACACGGAUACGGAAUCUUACAAAGAUGGGCAAGAACGUCAUCUUGACCGGCGAUCUCAACGUUUCACGCGAUCUCAUCGACACAGCGAAAGCAGAAGAUAACAUGAAAGCGGAAGGCAUGACCCAUGACGAGUAUCUGAACACGCCGAACCGUCGGAUCUUCAACCAGCUCUUGUUCAAUGGCAAGGUAGUAGGCGAGCGAGACGAAGGGAGAGAAGAGCCUGUUCUGUACGAUCUGUGUCGCGAAUAUCACCCCGAUCGCGAAGGCAUGUUCACCCACUGGGAGCAGAAGAUCAACGCAAGGCCAGGCAACUUCGGCUCACGCAUCGACUUUGUGCUCUGUAGCAUCAAGAUCAAGGAUUGGUUCAAGGCUUCAAACAUUCAGGAAGGCUUGAUGGGCUCAGAUCAUUGCCCAGUAUACGCAAUAACAAAAGACCGGGUGCUGGGCAUGGGCAAUGUUACAUCAGAAUGGGUAGAGGAUGAAGAGCACCAUAUAAUCGACGUCAUGAACCCACCUGGAAUGUUCAAGGACGGCGUCAGGUUGAGAGAGUACAGCACGAAAGACAUUCCCCCACUUUCAGGCAAGCUACUCACCGAGUUCAACAAACGACAGAACAUUCGUGACAUGUUCAGCAAGAAGCCUGCAGCUUCGAAAGCUGCAAACGCAUUUGCAUUUCCAUCACCCGCGGCAGCAUUGGGAGGGGCUGCGGAUGCUGCGCCAUCGCAAGGGAUAGACAAAGGACCCGAACUGGCGGGACUGACAAACCCUUUGUUACCCACGAAUGGUGGAAAUGUGCAAGCCACAAGCCCUCUCGCGCUGUCCGAGAAGCGCCGCGCAUCUGCAUCGGCGUCGCCUAGCAAGUCGAUCAAGCGGUCCAAGUCCUCUAACCCAAGUACCAAUUCGAAUGCAGCCUCACUUGCAAAGGGCCAACGAUCGUUGAAAGGAUUCUUCCAGACACGAUCCAAAGUUUCCGAAUCUGACUUUGCCGCGACAGUCGCGCCCCCUUCGGAAUCCUUGCCAUCUGCCAAUGGUGAUGCAAGCCUUCCAGCGAAUGCAGCGGCAGACGCCAGAACCGAGAUUACCCCACCGCCAACGGCUUCAACGGCAGCAUCCGCCAGUCAGAGCACCACAUCACCAUUCUUGCUUUGCGAUCCUGCUGCGGUACAGCAAGCGUCAAAGGAGGGAUGGACUAAGCUAUUCUCUAAGCGGCCGCCGCCACGAUGCGAAGGGCACGCCGAGCCGUGCAUCACGCUCACAACCAAGAAACCUGGUGUUAAUCGCGGGAGGCAGUUCUGGAUGUGUCCAAGACCCCUUGGCCCCUCUGGUCAGAAGGAAUCGGGCACACAGUGGCGCUGCGGGACGUUCAUCUGGGCCAGCGAUUGGAAGAACAGCGACUGAUGCGCGGGUACCCGACGCGAACGGUCUCCACUUGAGACAGGGAUGCGCAUCCUUCGAGCACGGAUACGGACAUGGGUGGUUACGACGUCGCUAUACACGAUGAAGGCACGCAGGCGAAUUAGGAUAGGAAUCUGAGCUGCUACUCGCGAGAGGUGGAGCUGAAGGCAUGGCGACGCACGACACGAACCCAAUUGAUGAAGCAGCAGAAGGAGGGUCAUACCACAGUCCCCUGGCGGCUGUCUGGUAGAUGAGGUUGAUAGUUAUAUACCUAGAGCAAUACCACUGCUGCGACUAUGGUGCGAAGC